AUGCUAGAGUGCCUCAAGUACGAAACCCAACACUUUCAUUCUAUCAGUAUUCCACUCGCUGCCAUCCAACUCAUCAUUAUUAUGGAAGCAAAGUCUCAAAACCAAGCAACCAUACCCAAAUCAAAAAGGAUAUUGUCAAUCUGUGACUUUAUUCAAUCUCAUCAGCUAACCCCCAAAAAGUUCCUGUGUGCGUUCCUGACAAACCCACAUGACAAGAUUGUUGAUCAAAGAAAGAAAUGGCCGGCCUCAGGUUUGGAUUCAACAAUUGAGCUCUUCACAGUACUGAAAGGAGUCAUCACAAAGAGUGCAACUGGGAAGAAAAGGUGGAAUGAUAUCGUCCAAGAGGAGGCCAUCGCCAUUGUUUUGGAUCAAGAAGCGCCACGCGGAAAUUAUCCACAUGGAGGCUAUCAGAGUAGUGCCACUGUCACAGCUGAAUAUCUGAGUGAAGAGACGAAGAGAAUCGAUAAUGAGAAACUUACCAUCGAACACACCCCUUUCCUAUACAAUCUCAUCUUUCAAGUUCUUUCCCAAAGUAGAUCCCAGAAAAAAACUCCUGACCCUAACAAGGUGGAUGAAAAUUGGCCGUGCGACAAGGACGACCCGGAAGAAAACGAGCUUGUCAACCAUGACAGUGUUUCAUAUGCUCCAAUCUCUGAUCCUCAGCUCCGAUUGCGCCAUCGGCAUCAAAGUCUUAUGUUAGGAAUCGACGACACAACGGACUUCAACUGCGAAAUGGAGUACAAUUUUUGUGGGAGACGGACGGCCACCGAGGUUCUAAAAACCAUUUCAGACGAAGCAGAACACACCACCAAAUCGAUAUUUCGUCGUCGCAAGGGGGAUGCCAUAGCUCCGUUCAUCUGUAUUGACAACUUGGACAUUGAAGAACGAGUUCAUACACAUGGUCCCGGGCACCGUAACCGCAUGUUCCAUGGAACAUGGGGAUAUGUGCAUUUCCCAUCCAAAGAUCUGCUUGCAACACUUGAUGCCUCUCAGCUAUCCUUAGAAAGUUUUACCCGAGCGCUCUCCUCUGUACCAUCCUUUCAAAUUGAACCAUCGAUGUUUAUGCCUAAUCUCGAGUCUGAAGAACACUACAAGCUUGUUUGGAAGAGCCAGAUUGCUCAAGUUAUGUACAAGUACAUUGCCAUACCCAAUAAGAAAGAAAACUCAAUUUCCCUCAAUCCACCUCCCAUCGAACUAGUCUCGCCAGAAAUCCCAGACAUCCGAAUGCUGAAGCUGAUGGAGCAACCUGAAAAUAGUGCAGAUGGGAUUGGGAAAGUGAUGGAGGCAAUAGUCCAGCAAACAGGAUUAAAGCCUGAAGAUUUCUUUCGUCGUUUGCAAGUAAUGGACGGUGACCUUGCGACUUGCAGAACCUUCCACAGUUUAAGAUCACUCCGAAUUCCGAGCUACCAUAAGAGGCAUAAUCUUGAGAAUAUCACCUUUCAGCUCGGGGCCGCACAUACAUUGUGGAACGUAGCACACGGCAUCUUCAAAGCGCACUUUGGUGAUGAUCAUAAUUCGCUGGACACAGGAGUGUGGAGGUGCUUGAAUGCGCUUUCCAUCCCUCUGGAGAAGGCAAUCCCAAAGAAAAACUACUCAUUGAUGAUUAAAUACAUGGAGCAAGUCCAUGAGGCUACAAUAUGGUACGGUUUGAGAUUUUGGCACUGUAAUCGAAGCAAAUCGUGCAAUGAAAGCUGGAGAUGUUGGUCGCCUCAUGAACAUGUGGAAGCGGUGACCUGGCAAAACUUCUCCGCCACUCGCUUCUCAUUUCUCCAACUGGAAGGGAAAACCACUUUGUUGCUAAGGAUUUACAUCUAG